AACAGCAGUCAUGUAGUGAGUUUUGUAUUCCUCGAAAAAAUAGUCCUAAAACACAUUAAAAUGGUGUCUAUAGAAACAAUACGCGAACAGUUCGAUGAGCUAGGCAUCGAACCUUCAGAUGAGAUUAUUAACAAGAGUAUCGAGAUCUGUAUCAACAACGAUAUCAACGAUCCGGUUGAGUUUGUAGAGCAAUGGAUGGCGUACAGUGUUUCGAAGUUAGGUGGCGCCGAACCCACGGUCGCUUUUCUAAACGAAAUGGAGGCUCAUGAGUACACGAGCAAAUCCUCGCGGAAAGCUAAAGUAAGCAGUCUAGCUGGUGUUCCACUGGGUAAUGUGGCGUCCCCACGUUUGGACACAAAAGUGGCCAAAAUAACAACAUACCGAAACGUGGAUUCUACGGAGCAGGAUGUGCUAGAAAUGUAUGGCUGCAUAACACCAAAGACGAAAAAAUCUACAUCUUAUUUGCAACAAAACAAAAACACCCCGGAAUGCAUUCGAGGAGGAAGUGCAUUUACAACCGUUACCUAUUCGCCACUAUCCACAUCAUUGAAGAAAGUCGCUCCCGAUGCACCGAGCAAAUCCGGCCAGGUCGUGUACACGUACGGCAAUGCGCAGCUGCUGAAACAGAUCAAUUGGUUGCCCUCCGGCGCAUCGGACGACGCGGAUGCAAAGACCGAAAGCGAGAAGCGCACGAAAGAAUCGGCUGGCAAUGAAAGACACCACCGCGCGGGCGGAGUGAGCGUGUCCUUCAAGGCGGAAAAGUUCGCGAACGAUAGCAGCAAGUACAUGUUUGAUUCUAGCUACGAUCGUGUGAUGAUUCUGAGCGAUCGGAUCUACGAAACUGGGAACGCCAUUUGUCGCCGGUUGGUUGAGGAAACCGAUGCCAAACGGGAGAACACUACAGAUGCGGACAGUGCCGGAUUAGGUGCAUCUUCGAACUCCUCCACGUCGAAGACGGUCGAGGAAGGGGACGAGGAAAAUGGACAAGUUCAGGUGAACCACGAAGACGACACCACAAGUUCGUGGUUUGACGGGGUGAAGGUGUGUCACGUGGAUUAUCCGAGUUCGGAACCCAUCCGUGUUCUGGGAAGAAUCGUUGCGGACGAACCAGCUGCUGGUGGAGAAGCUCCUCAGAAGAGCACGACCAAUCGGUUGUUGUCAAUCGUUGAUUUUGACGAAAACACGCUGCGCUGGACAAGGCUGGACCUCAGCAAGAUCGUCACUCCCGGCUGGUCGCUCUUUCCGGGCCAAACCGUCCUGCUAGAGGGUAUCAACCCCCGGGGGACGCUGUUUACGGUGCAGCGAAUACAUCACGAGCGGAUACUCACCCUUCCACGCACUCCGAUCGGUCUCGAGCGGCCGAUAACGAUGGUUAUAGCGAGUGCGCCAUUCACCGACCGGGACGAUCUGUUGUACGAGAAACUGUCCGGGCUUUUACAGUACUGUACGAGCGAUCCACCCGACGUGCUGCUGUUGACCGGUCCAUUUGCGGACGCCAGUUGUUCGCUGUAUGCGGAUGUUGCGGAACCGUUUGAAGAGUACUUCGAGAAAAUCAUCGCCACGAUCAUGGGUGCGGUCGGUGGUCGGACGGAGGUGUGCAUCGUGGCGAACCACGACGACCUGGUCGGUUCGUUCGUAUAUCCCACGCUGCCGUAUAAGGUGGGAAGUUUUUACAAGAACCUACACCUGCUGCCUGACCCGUGUGUGAUCAACGUCGGCGAGGGACUCGAGGUCGGCGUUACCACGGUGGAUAUCAUCAAGCAGCUGAUGGAUGCGGAGUGUACGGCGGCGGGUGGUGGAAGCGAUAAGAUCAAACGCGCGUAUAACCAUCUCUUCCAUCAGGCGACGUUCUACCCGUUGAAUCCACCACCGGAGGAUGUACCGCUCGAUGUGGACAUGUUGAACGAAUACGGACGGUUGAAUCGCGUCCCCAACAUUAUGGUGUGUCCCAGUGCCUUGAACCGAUACGUGCGGGAAAUCAAUCGAUGCGUAUGCAUAAACCCGGGCUUCGUGGACGGUCACUCAAUCGAGGGGGGGUCGUACGCCCGGUUGAUCAUCCAUCCACCGGAUACCAGCAGCGAGCCGCAGGAUAACAAAGUAUCGACUACCACCUCAUCGCAACAUCAGCCAUUACCAACGAGCUACAUCGGAUGCCAGAUUAUCAAAACAUGAGCCUGUAAGAAACUGGAUGCUCUUUUUUAAUAAAUUGAAGUGUGUGAACCGAACAGACAAGAAUGAAAAU